AUGGUGGAAGCCGGGAGCGUGACCACGUCCCACCUCAAGGACGGCACGCUCAUCGACGUCCAAGAGAUACCCAGUGGCGCAAGACCGGCGCUGCUGAUUCUGCACAACGACGGCGAGGAGGACAUUGUCGGCAUCUUCGCGGAUGUCCUAGGCCAGAAGUGGGAAUCGACAGCAUCGGUCGAGGAGGCAAAGGCAGGACCUCAGUCUACCAUCUAUGGGUUGAGCAAUGCGCUUGUUGGUGCGCAACUGGACAGCUGGGACCGUUCGAGGCUACUGAUCAACACACACCGGGUGGACGGCGGACACGAAAUGAAUGAGGCCAUCACUGACCGAUGCGACUACGAGUACCUCUACACGCGAGCGCCCUUCUUCCGCCGAGACGUGUCGCGAUUCCUGUCCUUCAUCCUGGGACAAAUCAGCCCUCAUCGCGACCUGACAAAGAAGGCGCGCACCACGCUCAUCUCCACUACCUUCCCCGACGUACAUGCCGCACUCCCAAACCUCGAUAUCCUGUCCGUAGGCGCAGAUGCAAUAGAGAUACGGGUCGAUCUGCUACAAGAACCGCUACCAGACGGGACUGUCAGCAAUACCCCAAGCUUGAAGUAUGUUGGAGAGCAACUCAUGGUUUUGCGCCAGCGCACAGAGCUGCCAAUAAUAUACACGACCAGGUGUACAAAGGAGAAUGGCCGGUUCCCUAUGGAUGACCCGGGUCUUUUCUACAGAUAUCUGGCGCGUGCGAUACAAUGGGGUUGCGAGUACAUUGAUGUGGAACUGUGGCUGCCCGAGGACAUUAGACGGAAAUUGGCCGAGAACAAGGGUUGCAGUAAAAUUAUCUCUGCGUUCCACGACUUCUCAGGGACAUUCAAGUGGACAACGCCUGAAACACAAACGCUCUUCGAACGAGGAGCGGUGUAUGGGGACAUUGUCAAGAUGUAUGCCAUGGUCAACUCGAUGCAAGCCAAUUACGAACUGGAGUACUUCCGGUCGACUAUCCAAGCAAAGUAUCCGCACCCUCCCUUUUCUGGACUGAACAUGGGACCUAUGGGCCAGCUGUCUAGAACCAUGAACAAGAUAUUCACGCCCAUCACACACCCGCUCCUGCCCAUGAUUGCCGCCCCUGGCCAACUUAGUGCAGCCGAGAUCAAUGCAGCGCUACAUACCAUGGGCCAAAUGCCGAAACAAGACAUCUAUGGCAUUGGCAGUUUUCGAUCGACGUCGCAGGCCAUGUUUUUCGAGAAGUGCUUCAAUGAGCUGAGCCUGCCGCAUUCUUUCGGAUUUGCCGAGAGAGCGCCAAAGGCCUCGAUUGAGAACAUACUUCAUCGACCGAACUUUGGCGGAGCGUAUAUCAACCCACCGCUGGCGGCGUCAGCGUCGUACUUGCCUUCGCUGUCCAACGCUGCGCGUGCUAUCGGACAAGUCGACACUGUGCUAGUGCGCGCAGGAACUAGCAACGCAUCUUUCAUCGGGGACAAUGCAAGAUGGAAAGGCAUUCGGGCCACGCUAACGCGCGACUUUGUGCCAUCAGCAUACAGUGGCCAAGCGGCAUUGUUGCUUGCAAGCAACGAGGCGGAUGCAUCGGCUUCCAUCUUCGCGCUGAAGAAUCUAGGGAUUGGACCUAUAUAUACAAUAGGCUUUAGGGCCCAUGGACCGCUGUCGACGGAUGUGUCGCCCGUACGAUCUGUCGAGGACGUUAAGCGACUCGAACAGCCAUUUGUGAUCAUCUCGGCUCUUCCUGCAGAGAAGUCGCUUCUCGUGGUGCCUCUGCUAAAGCACUACAGGGUUGACGGGAGGAAUGGGAACACCAAGGGGCAUGGGGUUGCGGCAGGAAAGCCCGCCGGAAAGGUGUUUGUGGACUUGGCCAGUGGGCCUCGUAAAGUCGACCCACUGACGGUUGCUAUUUCGGCGGGAUGGACUGCAUACGGUAUCGCUGACGUCUCAGCCUGGACCACAGUAGAGACGAUUCGGCAGCUUGUCGGCCAAAACGUGUGCUACGAUUUUGUGCGAUUAGCAUCUGGGCGAGGACUCUUUUAG